AACUUCAAUCAUCUUUUGUACCAAAACUUCGUGCUAUUUGAUGCAUAAUUAGUUCACAUACCAAGAACGCAUAAAAAAAUUUAGCACUUCACAUCCACAUAACAUCUCCAACAUAGAUUCCCAAAUGAGUAAAAUUUCAAACUCGAUCGUGUUCAUGUUGCUUCAUGGACUAAUAAUACUAACUCCUCCCCCUAUCUGUAUGGUUCAGGCCUCUGACACGGCUGAGUAUACCCGCUGGAGGUUUCCUCAUAAACUGAAGGCAGCAUACCCACUGGGAAAGAUGAGAGGCAUCAACAUCAUGCUUGCUCUUGACAGCAGUGAUCGCGAUUCGGGCACUGUGAAAAUAGCUUCCACUGAGCAUUUAACUGCUGAAGUGAAGGUGAAGCCAGAAUCUAAAAGAGUUGGGACGCCGAAAGUGUCUUCUCCGAAACCCAACACAAGACCUCAUUACGGCCCCCGUAUAUCUCCGCCGCCGCCACAACACCACCAUUGAUGGCAUUGUAUUGUCAGACGUGCCGUUAAUAUUUUCACAUGCGUUGUCCUGCUGCCUGUGAUUCACGCAAGUCCGUUUGGAUUGUUAUUUUGUCACAAAAGAAUAAUGACAACGUUAAUUUCUUGUUAUUAAUAUUAUUGUGAGUUUAGCAUGGAA